CUUUUGCUUUCUAUACUUAAGAACCCCACAACUUCUCGACGUAUAAUCAGUUGCGUCUCAUCGCGUCAGCUGAUCCAAGAUGACUGUUUUGAGUUUUGUUAUUAUUUUGCUUACAAUUUCCUUGGCAGUUUCUGAGGAGAAAUCCAGAUGUAAACUGGAUCUUGGUUUGUUGGUUGAUACGACAAAAAGUAUCAAAGACGUAAACAUACCAAAACUGGAGGCAGCGCUUAAACACCUUGUCGAAAAGUUUGACAUCACACCCGAUGGAACCCACGUGUCUUUGGAGACAUUCUCCAAGGAGGCGACGCUUCACAAUAAAUUCAACGAAUAUCACAGUAAAGACGCUCUACUUGAAUUGAUAUCAAAGAGUAUCAACAAGCUCGCCCAACCCACUCGACUGGACAAAGCACUUCGGCUUGCAAGAGACGAAAUGUUUAAAAAGGCCAGUGGACAGAGACCGGGUGUUAGGAGCGCAAUGAUUUUAUACACAGAUGGCAGAUCGCAUCCUGAUACCGAGGACUUUUAUCUGGAUAUUGUAGCACUUAAGAUGAGAGGUGUCCGUAUAAUCGUGGUUGGUAUCGGCCCAGACGCCAGGAAACCUAAGUAUCGCCAAGUCCUUGAUUACAUUGGAGGCAAAAAUCUUUUUUUUGUGGACGACUAUAAAAGCCUCGACGAUGCAACCGAUGAUAUUUUAACUUUGGUCUGUCCUCCUGAUCCUUGCGAGAACUCAAAGGGAAUGGACGUGGCAUUCGUAAUAGACAAGACCAGCAGCCUCGGAGUACCGAACUUUUUGCUGCUCAAAGGCUUCCUUCUUGAGCUCGUUGCUGCGUUGAACAUCGGUCCAGACGCCACACACACUGGCAUAAUCACUUUCAACAGAAAACCAAAAGUCCUCAGCAAUUUUGCAAACAGCAUGCUGUACAGCAACGAAGCCGUACACGACUUCUUGGCUAAGAUUUCUGUCGUCCUUGGUGACCGUACUUUCACAGACAAAGCUCUAAUGGCUGCCGCAAAUAAACUAUUUACUGAGGAGGGAGGUGAUAGACCGGAUUUUCCAAAUGUUCUGAUCCUCUUAACGGACGGAAGGACUAAUCCAACAUCAAAACCCUUCUCUACGAUCAUCCCUCAUCUGGAGGCAAAAGACGUCCGCAUUGUUGCGGUAGGAGUUGGUCAGUAUGAAGAUUUCCAAGGACAACUUGAAGAAAUUGCAGGUGAAAACGUUCACAACGCAAGCAACUUCGACCAACUCUCAAAUCUGUUCAGUGACAUUCUGGCUGAAACGUGCAGUGUGGAUGGCGGUUUUACCCGCUGGAGUUUCUGGUCUGAAUGCGAUGCGCGUUGUGGCGGUGGAGUACAGACAAGAACACGAAGCUGUACCAACCCUCUCCCCCAGGGAUACGGAAAGACCUGUGAGGGUCCUCUGAAGGAGAGCAGACCUUGUAAUGAACAGCCGUGUUCAGAUGCCUAUUCAGCUGAAGAGGAUCAAAUCAGAGAGUUAAAGCCUCUCCACUACAAGAGGGGUUUAGAAAAACAGAAGGAAUAAGGUGUUACUCAUGCAGCAUUCGAGUGUUAUAGCAAACGGGCAACAUUAUACUUUGGUUACUAUAAUUUAAAACAGGUUUCUUUGUUACGUAGGGUGUGGUUUGGAAAUUGUCUUUUUGUGAUUGGUGUUCGAGCAGUCUUUAAUAAAACUACUUCAAGA